AUGGGCUCGAGGCACCGCCGUGACGUCACGAUCGAUCACAAAACCGAAAAUGGCCGAGUCUUUGGCACUCUGGGACAGAACGACGCUGGUUUGUUUGGUAAAGGGGGCUACGAGCAUAACUUCUUCGAUGACCACCGCGGUCGGCUGGACGGGCAGGCGUACGGGACCAGGGUUCUCGGUCCCUACGGCGACUCCAGCCACUUGGGGGGCGCGCUCAACUGGCACGACUCCAACGCGGCUGCUUCUCUAGACGUCAGCAAGCAAAUACACGGGCCUACUUCCAUUAAUGCUGGUGCGGGUGGCAGCUGGCCGGUUGGCAAGAACGGCGACUUCUCGGUAUUGGGCACGUACGGGAAGACUUCUGGGAUCCCCUCCGACUAUGGCGGCAAGGCCAUAUUCAACUACCGCUGG